CGCGCCGCGCCGUCGUCUGCCUGGCAGUAGAGAGAUAAAGAGUGAUUGAGAAGGAGGGAGAGAGGAAGGAGGCUGGUCGAGAAAUAGAGGGACCAAGAGGGAGGAGGGAGACGGCACCGAAAGCAGGUCCUAGACGGGUGGGGUUGGGUGAAGGCCUCGGCCUUCUGCCGGGUGGUGGGUCUCUCGCUCACCGGAAGAGAGGAGAUAGAGGAAGACGGGAGAAAGGAGACUGCCAUGGACCCGACUCGGGAAUUUGUGAAGGACGUGAAGCGCGUCAUACUAAAGGCGGGACGUGCCAUGCUGUAUUGUAGCAAACAAGCCUCGGAAGCUAUUAAAGCACUCAGAAAACUGGGAUUGUGGGCACAGCUGUUGUUACCAGAGCAGAUGGAAGAAUAGCCCUUGGUCGACUAGGUGCUCUCUGUGAGCAGGUUAAAGAACUCAAUUCUGAAGGAUAUGAGGUUAUCCUGGUGACAUCAGGUGCUGUUGGGGUUGGUCGCCAGCGUCUUAGAUAUCGAAAAAUGGUCAAUAGCAGUUUUGCAGAUCUUCAAAAGCCACAGCAUGAGCUUGAUGGAAAGGCAUGUGCUGCUGUUGGACAAAGUGGUCUUAUGGCUCUCUAUGAUACUUUGUUUAGUCAGCUAGACGUUACUUCAUCUCAGUUGCUUGUGACUGACUAUGAUUUCAAGGAACCAAACUUCAGAAAGCAACUCAGUGAGACUGUGAACUCUUUGCUAGAUUUGAAAGUUAUUCCAAUCUUUAAUGAAAAUGAUGCAAUAAGUACCAGGAAGGCUCCGUACGAGGAUUCCUCUGGAAUCUUUUGGGACAAUGAUAGUUUGGCAGCUCUCUUGGCUUUGGAGUUAAAGGCUGACCUACUUAUCUUGCUAAGUGAUGUUGAUGGUCUCUACAGCGGCCCACCUAGUGAUCCAAAGUCAAAGAUAAUACAUACAUAUAUAAAAGAAAAACAUCAAGGGGAAAUAACAUUUGGAGACAAGUCUAGGCUGGGAAGAGGUGGCAUGACUGCUAAAGUGAAGGCUGCAGUUUAUGCUGCUUAUGCUGGUAUUCCAGUUGUUAUUGUCGGUGGCUCUUCAACUGAUAACAUCCUAAAGGUACUUGAAGGGAAGCGUGUUGGGACUCUCUUUCAUCAGCAUGCACACUUUUUGGUCCCAGAGAAGCAUACUAGUGCCCGUGAAAUGGCUGUUUCAGCUAGAGAAUGUUCUAGAAGACUUCAGGGUUUGCCUUCACAUGAUCGAAGAAAGAUUUUGCUGGACAUUGCUGAUGCUUUGGAAGCAAAUGUGGAUUUGAUAAAAGGUGAGAAUGAAGCAGAUGUUGCUGCUGCAGAACAAGCUGGAUAUGAAAAGUCAUUGAUUUCCCGGUUGAUGCUAAAGCCAGGAAAGAUUUCAGGUUUGUCAAAAUCAAUUCGUGUCCUUGCAGACAUGGAAGAUCCCAUUGGUCGUGUUCUGAGCAGGACAGAGCUUGCAGAUGGUCUUAUACUGGAGAAAACAUCGUGUCCCUUGGGUGUGCUUCUUGUUGUAUUUGAGUCCCGACCAGAUGCUCUUGUUCAGAUAGCUUCCUUGGCAAUUCGGAGUGGAAAUGGCCUUCUUUUGAAAGGAGGAAAAGAAGCUAUGAGAUCCAAUAUAAUUUUGCACAAGAUUAUAACGGAAGCUAUCCCUGAUACUGUGGGUGGAAAGCUUAUUGGACUUGUGACUUCAAGGGAUGAAAUUCCUGAUCUGCUUAAGUUAGAUGAUGUGAUAGAUCUUGUGGUUCCAAGGGGCAGCAAUAAGCUUGUUUCUCAGAUUAAGGAGUCAACAAAAAUUCCUGUUCUUGGUCAUGCUGAUGGAAUAUGUCAUGUUUAUGUUGACAAGUCAGUGAACAUGGAUAUGGCAAAGCAUAUUAUUUUGGACGCCAAAGUAGAUUAUCCUGCAGCUUGUAAUGCCAUGGAAACUCUUCUUGUGCAUAAGCAUUUAUUGGAGACAGGAGCACUUAAUGAGCUGUGCUUGGAUCUCAAAGUUGAAGGUGUUACUUUAUAUGGUGGACCAAGAGCUAGCACUGCAUUAGGUAUUCCAAAGGUGUCUUCUUUUCAUCAUGAAUAUAAUUCGAUGGCUUGCACGGUGGAAAUAGUUGAUGAUGUUUUGGCAGCAAUCGAUCAUAUACAUCGCCAUGGAAGUGGUCACACAGACUGCAUAAUUACUGAUGAUACUGAAGCUGCAGAUAUCUUUUUACGACAAGUUGACAGUGCUGCUGUAUUCCACAAUGCAAGCACACGUUUUUGUGAUGGAGCCCGUUUUGGACUUGGUGCUGAGGUUGGAAUAAGUACUAGCAGAAUUCAUGCCCGAGGUCCUGUGGGUGUUGAAGGACUUCUCACAACACGAUGGCUUCUAAGAGGGAGCGGCCAAGCGGUGGUUGGUGACAAAGGGGUGGUGUACACACACAAAAAGCUUGCUGUCUAAACUGUCAUUGGCUCUUGGAUCAAAAGGUCGAACUGAAGAAGUUCUUUAGUAAAUAAUUGGCGUACGUAGGUUUUGUCUCCAUGAGUUCUACAACUUUACUUCUGCUGUGUCCACCUUACCAUAUGGCUGCUUCAUUUUUUACUAGGUUAUGUGCGUUCCUUCCCGAUAUUUUCAAUUUUUUUUUUUCUGUUGCUUUCUCCCAUUAGUUGUCAUUUCAAAUAGUAAGGUUUACCAGGCAUUGGAACUUGACAAUGGCACUUGAUCAUGUAGCUUGAGCCAACUUGGUGGUUCCUGUGCAUUUGCUCAAAAUAUUUGUUAAGAACAGGUGACAUUCAUUGUCGGACCCUUGCAUGCAGAAUCGAAUCUAAAGCUCGUGCACAUAUUGAUUAUGAAACAUUAUGCUA